AUUUUCCAUCCUUCUUUUUCCUUUCUUCAUCUCGACAUCUUCAACCUGUCCCCGUUGAGAUCCUCGUCGAAUUGAGCCAUGUCCCUCCGGUGCUGAAUUGCCUCGCUGCUUGACAAUUCCCUCGAUACCCCCGUCCCCUUGCAAAGGGCGAAUUCGCCCCCGUACCCGUACCCGUAUCCUGCAUCACGACACUUGCGGCGCAUCGAGACAAAUCGGCAACGGUGAUUAUUGCAUACUCAAUCGAUCGAGACGCGAGACGAACAGACAAGAGCCAUCAAGUUGCCCAUCAUGAGUGGCAUCUACGACAAUGCCGCCUCUAUCCAGGCGCGCGACCUCUGGCCAUGGCCCAAAGGCGAUGACGAGAACGACACCGUCAUCCAGGGCCUUCACUUCAACCUCACCACCCUCAAACACUGGAACUACACCUGGUACAGCAACGAGACCGUCUCCAACGGCUCUAGGUGCUACAUGACCAAGGCCCCGUACCUGUUUGUCGACCUUCUGGAGAACGGCACCUUUGUCAACUCGACCAAGUGCUACUCGGCUAUCCUCCCCAUCGGUACUCGCGGUCACGUCGGCAUUGCCUUUGCCGUCGCCUUCGGAGUCGCUCUCGUCCUCAACCUCACUGUCCUGGCUAAGCAUGGAAAGACAUAUCUCCCGCGCGAGAGCCGCUUCUAUCCCAUCGGUCGUCGCUGGCAAUGGUACUGGGCCCUGUUCGUCUCUGCCACUGCCCUCAUUAGCUUGUUCGUCGGUGUGGAUGUCGACCGGUAUUACCUUCAGGAACUGCCCAUCACCGUCAGCGUCUUCUUCUGGUAUCUCUUGUGCAUGGGAACUGUUGCCUUGACUUGGGAAGCGGUUCGUCACUGGGGUUCAUGGCAGGAGCGCCAAUUCAUCGACCCCAAUCCUUUCUCGUUGGCUACAGACGAUCGACGUGCCAAGGUUGAAUUCUACAUCCCCUUGUGGUUCUACCUCUGGCUCUGGCUGAACUUCUUCAUGGUUGUCCCUCGUAGCUGGAAGUUCACUCAGCUUCAGCGCUCCCCUGAACAGAUUCAAGAGAAGGCCAUUCCCGGUGCCACCAAUGUGCGCUUCAAGAUUGCCGCCUUCUUCCUCUUCAUCUCGUGGCUCACCAUCGUCUUCUCGCUGCGACACUCGAUCAAGCACUACAAGCCCCGUAACCGUGGCAUCUUCAACCGCGCCAUUGGCUUCACUCGUGCUGUGCCCCUGCGCUUCUGGCUUCUCCUCCCCCUUUCUCUCGCCACCAUUGCCUAUCAGGCCUUCAUCGCUUGGGAGUUCAAGUUUUCCCUCGUCAAGUUCGAUGGAAACGUUGUGGUCAUCUUCUGCUGGGGAUACCUCCCUGCCCUCCUCAUCCUCUACAUCCAGUUCUUCUACGGCUUCGCCAGUCCCAACGAGGACAAGGAACUCAUUCGUCAGAGGCGUGUGCGCGGUGAGACCAUCAACCGCGAGCUCGGCAUCGUCAACAAGCCUGCCUGGUGGAGCCGCGUCAGGGGUGACCAUCUCCUCACCUUCAAGGACAAGCUCACUCGCAAUGUCCAUGAGAUUGGCGGCGGUAGGGCCACCGGUCGACGUGUUGAGGAUGCCGCUGAGCGACACGCCCGAGAGGAGGCUUGGGCCAACGCCAGAGCCGAGGAGGAGAUUGAGAUGGGGCACAUGCAUCGACCCCUCGAUGCUACCAACAACCCGCGCAUCGACCGCGCUGGUGUCAGCGCCCUUCGCCCUCAGGCUUCGCAGACCUUUGUCGCGCCCUACACCGGCAAGAACGAGCGUCGCCGACAUGAGCGCACUGUGGAGGCUGUUGCGGGUAUCCUAUUCCCCAACAACCUCGCCGAGGAGCGAGCCCGCCGUGAGGCCGACCUGGCUCUCGACGGACCGCCUCCAUACAGCGACGCCGAGCCCCGAGGUCGCGCCCGAACAACAUCUUCGGGACGGACCGGAUCCAACGGGCGAAGCAACAGCACCGAGACGACCAACUCUAUCACGGCUCCGCCCCAGCAGGUCAAAAGCAUGCUGGACGUCUAGAUGGUUCCAGGUGCGUCGUGUUGCAGGCUCCACGGGGCCUGCGGAACAGGUCCCGUGGCAAGGUAUCAGAUUCAUGAUUAGUACUGCAUGUUGUUCUUAUGCUGGGUAUAUCAUAACGAGAUAGGCGUCUGUAUUCUUUGCAUGACUUGGUUGGAUUCAAUGCGGUGUUAGAUGAUGGCAUGUCCCCUGAACUACACUGGCAUUUCAUAGUUACAUAGCUAGAUAUGAUUUGUAAAUGAAGACGAUAUGUUUUAUGAUUCAUAUCAUUUUAAUUGUC